AUGCCAAAACUUUUCAUACUAUCUUUAGAAAUAUGGAAGAAAAAUCUGACCCUUCUGGUUGGUACUUUACAGGAAGUAUCUUUUUACUUAAAGACAAUUUUAAAGAAAUUAAAAGAUGGAAGAGGAACUGAACUACUCAAAAAAAUUUUGGGUAUUAAAGAAAUAGAAGAUAAUUAUGAACAAGUUUGGAAAACGUGUAGAGACGAUAACGCAGUAACACAGGUUUCACCUCUGAAACUAAACGUGUUUUCAAGUAUAAGUGAUGCUGGGUUAUUUGCUUGGGAUUGUGAAACGUAUUCAGAAAGUGAAACGCGUAAAGCAAUUCCUUAUGCGUGUACGUUAAUUAAUUUAGAAAAACUAAGAAAAGUGUUAGACAGAAUAAAUAAUCUCUGUCCAGAUUUAAAUCUUACAGAUAAUGUUCCAGAAGAAUUUUAUGAUAAACUAAUGAAAAUAGUAGAAAUAUUUGUAGAUGAAGAUUUACAGAAAAAAUGGAAAAGACAGAAAGAAAUAACAAGUAAUAAUAAUUAUUUAAAACAUAUUAAUUUCACAUGUUCCUAUCAACAUGAAACAUCUAGUUUGGCGGCAUGGGGAAAUUCAUCUAAUCUACCAAUGAAUUUGAGAAAGAUCACUGAUAUCGGUAUUUCAAAAUACACCAAAGAUAACUGGGAAUCUUUAAGACACGAAUGGGAACCUUACGCUAAAAGAGAUACGUUAUGUCUUGGAAGUUGUUUGAUAAAAUAUAACCAAGUCACGAAAGAAGUUGUAAACCAAAAUAUGUCCAAUAAUCUAACGGCUCCAUCGUUAUCUUUUAAGGGUUGGUAUUAUUUGUAUCAUUACGAUAAAGAAAUGGUUGAAGAAGAAUGGUAUGAAACUACUCGAAUGGUUCCGAAACAUACUCACACUAAUCCUUUUAUAAGACAUUAUAUCAGACGAUCUAUUAAAGGAGGAAGAGUUUCGGCAAAUAGAAAAAUAUUUGAAACGAACCAAAUGGAUGAAAUUUGUAAUGUAUUUAAGGAAUUUAUUUCACAAAGUGAAACACGAAGUGAAACUGAAAGUAUUUCACAAAGUGAAACACAAAGUGAUAAUUCAAAAAGAGAUAACAUAAUUAAUCUAUUCAACACCUAG